AUGGAAAAGUUAAGGAAGAGCAUAGUGCCUGAAUUCGCUGAGAGAACGCAGCAGAGCGGGGAAGAAGAAUUUGGAUUUGCAGCGCUUAUUCAACAGUUCAAGGCACCGAUAGCAACGCGAUCGACAGCAGCACCGUUGAUUCACAAGUCGAAUCAAAACCCAGUCCCAGUCGCAACCCAAGCCCAAUUCCAAGUCCCCAAGAGUGAACAGGGUCCGGUUGAUGGCAGGACCAAUCUGAUUGUCAAUUACCUGCCGCAGGAUAUGCUGGAGCGGGAAUUGUACGAUCUGUUCGCCAAGUUUGGCAGCAUACGCCGACUAAAGAUAAUACGUGAUCUACGCACUGGAUAUAGCUUUGGCUACGGCUUUGUCGACUUCGUCGAACCCAAGCCCGCGGCCUUCGCUCAGCUCUGCGUGGAUGGGCGCGAAGUGCGUGGCAAGCGCUUGAAGGUCUCCUUUGCACGUCCCCAGUCGGAGGCGAUCAAGAACGCCAACCUCUAUGUAUCGUAUCUGCCGCCCCACUUUACCGAAAAAAUAUUGGGCAACAUGUUCAAGUGCUACGGCAAAAUCUUGGAAAUCAAUAUCUUGCGCAACAAAUACACUGGCCAGUCGCGCGGCAUCGCCUUCGUCCGUUUCGAUCAGCAUAUGUCCGCCGAAAUGGCAAGGGAAGUUCUCAAUAACUAUACACCGCCGGGCUCCGACCGUCCUCUCUGCGUGAAGUUCGUCGAGCGCAGAAUAAAGCCGCCCGUAGACGGCGAUUUGCGAUCGCAGCGCAAACAGCCGAUGUCGAUGCCGAUGCCAAUGCCGCAUCCCCAACCCAAACCCCAACUACAACCACAAUCACAAUCGAUUCAUGCCACGCAUCCGAUUCAGCUGGUGCAGUCGCCUCAACGCCCCAUGGGGGGUUCCCCGCCGCCCUACAAACGUCGCUUGGAGAUAUCGUCCGAAUCGGCACCUAGGCCUAUACUCAAGCAGCCAAACCAAAACCUUGACUUCAUUGGGAACUUUCUCAAGAGACCCCGCGUGAGCUUUGCGGAUCUGUAA